AUGACGUCACUUCAGGCGCCUCAUGGUCCUGAAGGACCCCGCACCCGGACGGGCCAGUGCGUGAUUCUUAACUGGAGGGAUGGGCGCUGUCCGAGUCCGGCCGGGUCCAGGAGGAGACGGCAGGACUACAGCUCCCAACGCCCCGCGCGGCGGGCGGACACCGAGUGGUUCCUCCGGCCGCGCCCGGUGCGCUUUGGCGCCUCGCCUUGUUUGUCGUCGCCGCUGACCAGUCCUUCCUCCGGGAACGUCUUUCUUCCCCGCAGCUCCCCCCGCCUGCUGUGUCCACUUGCCGUCCGACCCGGCGCUCCUCGGCCUCAUUCCAGACCCAUCCCCGCCGCGUCCCUGAAGCCUCGGCUGUGGGCGCCGCCACCCACUAGGUGCCAAGCACAGCGCCUGGCCGAAUCCUCGGCGACCCUGCCAGUAAUUGGCACACAGCGCACCUCCCCUUGCUGGAACUGGGAACCCUCACUACUGCCUUCCUGCCUUUGGGCCCCUGCCCUUGUCUUCCCCCAGCUCGACAGGCUGUCGUCCUCCUGUUCCAGGCCCCACGUUUUACCUCCACAACUGCAGGGCCACACCUGUUUUGUCAUUGUGAUGGAAACAAGCAAGCAAACGUCUACACUGCAGAAAGUGGUGAGCAAUGGCUUUGGAACCAAACGCCUAGCCUUAAAGUCUCUAGCAAGUGACCUAUUUGAGCUGGUAUUUCCUUACAGAGGAUUAGCUAUAAUUUAAGUGUAAAAUGACAAGGACAGGGCCAAGUCCAUAGGAUCUUCUAUACAGAGGGUAGGUAUUAGCAAUUCAUUGAUGGUGUUAUCCACUUUGGAAAAUAGAGAAAUAAUAUCCCCAGCCUACUCCUUAAAAAAAAAAAAGUUUGGUUUUGUUUGGUGUUUUAGCUUUUUUUUUGGUCAAAAUUCCAAGGAAAGCUGUG